UAUUCAGUAUUUUGUGUGGUGUUGUAAGAGCAAACAGCAAAAUCAUCUACGAAUACGUAGCACGUGUCAAACUCGUAAAUUUGUAUGUUUGAAGUUGGUCUGUGUUAUUUGUUUUAACAAGAGAAAAAAUCACGCGUUUUUAAGAUUAGGUUACCUACCUUUCUAGUUAGUGUUUACACAAUGUUUGUUAAUUAUAUGCUUUGUUGUGCCAAGUUUUGGUGAUUUGCAAACUUUGAAAGACGUGUGGAGAAUUGAUCUAAAAUGAAUGGCUCUACUUCUAAGUUGUCGUUGGCCAAAUUGGGACUAUACCCGAAACCAAAAACCCUAAAAGUAAUGGUCUUGGGACAAGCCGGAGUAGGAAAAUCAGCAUUGGUUGUGCGGUUUAUUACCAGACGAUUCAUUGGAGAAUACGAUCCGACACUCGAAAAAAACUACAGUUUCCAUACUGUUAUCGACAACGACAUGGUAUACUUCGAAAUUUUGGACACCGCAGGACAAACAGCAGAAACCGAAUUUAUAGGCCUCGAAGCAAACAUUCGCUGGGCUGAAGCCUUCAUUCUCAUGUAUUCCGUUACCGAUAAAUGCUCCUUUGACGAAUGCUAUCGACUGAAAUUCUUAAUAAACUACAACAAACGAAAAAAACGACUGGGAAGCACCAAAGACCCUAUAGAUGUGCCAGUACUUUUAGUAGGCAACAAAAAUGACCAAAUAGAGGAACGAAUGGUAUCACUUGAAGAUGGCCAGAAGCGAAGUAAGGAAAUUGGCUGUGUAUGUUUCCAUGAAAUCUCUGUUAGGGAAAGCAUUGACCAGGUAAUGAAUGUAUUUCGAGAUACUUGCCGAUUCUGGAGAGUGAUGAAUAAAAACCCCAGCAAACUGAGACGUUCCUGUAGUGACAAAGACCCGGAAAGUCCAGAGUGUGCUCGAAUUUUGUGUUCCAGUGUUGUUUCUCCCAGUAGUCUGACGCCGUAUAAUGGACGAACAACAGGGAUUUUAGGCCGCAGAUGGACAGAAGUUGAAUUGGAGGAAGAAGACGAAUCGCAAGCUCUUCAAAUUACAGCCAGCCCUAGUGAGUCGCUACCGUUCAGAGCACGGGCUUCUACCGAUGGACAUCUUCAACAUAAGCCCUGGAAAUGGAGGUAAAGACAAAACUAUUUUUUGCUGGAAAAUCGUCUACGAUCUGGUGCUGACGUAAGAGCAAGUUAAACCAGCUGAAAGACAACUGUCUGAAACUAUGAAAGAUACUUUAAAGCUCCAUGUAAAAAGUUAUAAGAUACAUCGAAGGAAGUCCUACAUUUAAGUAGAUAGUGAAUAACCCGAAAAAUUACACGCAUUGUUAAUGGCAGAAAUAAAAUGGGCCAAAUUUAGUUAACUAGAUGUAAAGGAGGGCGAGCACAUAGUCAGGAAUAAGCCGUAUUGACGAGAGGCGUGGAAUUGAAAAAAAUCAUUUUAAAAUUCAGUAUGGGUGUUGGAAAAUCGCUGAAACUCUCAUCUUUGAUUAUUGGCUGUUGGCCAGCUUGAUUGCUGAAUGGACAAGGGUUCUUUGUACGUGCCUGCUUCGUGCAAGCCUGUUUGCUCUAUAGCAGAAGUCAUUCUUGAUCUGGUUGAUCUGAAUCAGAAGGUUUUUCUAAUAAUCUCAAGAUGAACUAAAUAAAGGUAUGACUAAAACUAGGACAUAUUCUUUACUUAUGAAUUAUGCAGAAAUAGCAGAGAAGCAAAGCUUGUUUAAAGUUUUGCUGCAAGGCCAAAAUACUACUACCAUUUCCAAAAUUUCUCUUUUUUGCAACACAAUUAAACUAUGGAAAUUUAAAUAAAAAUUGCUCAUAAUAAAAAAUGUUGACUUUCACAGUUCAAUUUAUUUGCGGUUACCUUCAUACUCAUGAAUUUACUACCAGAAAAAUUGCCGCUAAAAAAUAAGCGUCUACGUAUUGUCCAAGUAAACCAGUUUGUUCCAACGGUCUACGGAUUCCUCCUUUCACCGCGUAUUCACUGUGAAUAAAGUGAGCAAUGGGCAUCCUUUUACGACAUUUUCUAUGUCCGAAGAUAAUUGAAUGUUGUUAGUGAAAAAGUUCCAAAAGAUUCAUACUUUCAUAACAUCAUCAAAAGGCCCGUGCGUCAUUAUUGGGUUAAAAGAUCUGAUUUGAUUUUUAUUAAGAAAUAAUCCUUCCGGCUUCUUUGCUAUUGAUCUCAAAGUUAUUAAAAUAAUGCUUCUUGAAAUUUAGCGAGAAUGUCAAGAUAUAUUUUAAUGAAACUUGCUGUGAAUUUGUUUUAUGUAAGACUCAUAUUUUGACGAAGCUACCGAGUUCAACCGCAUUGACCAAGUGAGGAAUCUGUGAGGUUUGGUAGAAAAACUACCAGACCGUUUUAUUUGGUUCCUGGAAUUAACUAAUUUGUUUUGAGUCGGAGAAUUGAUAUGUUUUGAUAUUUUUGGCAUCUUCUUGCUAUCCUGCAGCCUUAACCGUUUUUGUGCAAAGAUCUUUUUUCUGUUUCCUUCUAUUUAAAUAUUUCAGACAUUAACGGAAAAUUUCGAGGUAGAGGAUAACGUUUUUUUUACAAUAAAUCAAUUGUAAAGCGUUUUAUAAUUAUUAUCAGACCGAUGUGGUGAAAGUCUUAAGCCAGUCAUCCAUUGGAAGCGUUUUCGUCCGAAUUGCGUUCCUGCCUUCUAAUGAAAAGAAGCGUACACAUGAUGU